AGAGAACCUCACCAGACUAAGGUGAGACCCCCUUACCUGCUGAGUGCAGUCCUCUCUCGCCUUCCCACCCAUCACCUGCAUCUCACCUGAGCUCCUCCUGAGUCUCCAUGUCAACCUUCAUCUUAGGUAGCCUUCUGGAUCGAGAGUCAAUGUAUGGCUGAUGACUGCAAUUCAUCCCUCAGAAUUGAUGGUGGAAGAUUCUGUGAUUCCUUUCAUUCUGGAUCUGGUGAUGUACUUCAUUAACAGCCCUAUUUGAUUUCACUGUGGUAAAGAAUCCUCGAAACUUGACUCUGCUCCAUUUUGUGCCAACCUCAACAAGAAUGUUUACUCCGAUAUUGUGAAGUGCUCCUGAGAUUACGUCCCAUUGUUUUGGUAUCAGACUGUCCCCUUAAUACCAGUGGAUUGACACUUAAGACUCUGGACUCCUCUAAGAGCUUUUGGAUAAUGUUUGGCCCUGGGCAGCUGGUCUCCACUCUUCUACCUGCAGUCUUCCACUCCUCCGCAGCUCACUUCUUCCCUGCGUUCCCCACCAGACUGGGCUCCCCUCCACAGAUCCUGAUCCCUGGGCCCCUGAUCAGCUAUGAGUCCCUGCGGAGUUACUUGCAACCAGAGCCCUGCAAAGAGGCUCUGUUCCUGGCCACACAGGCAGCUGGGAUGGGGCAGUUCACGGCCAGCAUGGAUGAACAGAGGCCAGUGAAGCAGCGUCGUGCGCGGGCCAACUACAGCAGCUGGCAGCUGGAGGAGCUAGAGAAGACCUUUGAGAACACCCACUACCCUGACGUCUUCAUGAGGGAAGCCCUGGCCCUCAGACUGGACCUCAUCGAGGCCAGAGUGCAGGUGUGGUUUCAGAACCGCCGGGCUAAGAUGCGGAGGCAGCUGAAGUUGCAGGGCCAGCUUGGAGAGCCAUUUCCCAGGAAGACCAAUGCUGAGGACACAACAGACAAACCCAACAAGAGCUUACCGGAGCUAGAGAGCUCUGACGGCGAGCACUGGGUGAGGAGGCAGGAGAAAGGAAGCUAUCCCUGGACUAAAGUACCUUGUUCUGCUGUAGUGACCACCCCCAUACAGGGUAUGAUUCAGGGGCGGGCAGGGGAAUGGGAGGGGAUGGAGGGGCCCAGUCCAGAAGAGUUCCGCUGCUGUAGCAUUGCCAAGCUGAGGGCCAAGGCCAGGGAGCACGAGGCUGAGAUCCACAGCACUGUGGCCAGGUCGGGAGGAGGAGAGACAUCAGCACUGCAGACACAAACACAGAACACUGACGGCAGAGAUAGCAACUGAUAUGGCUCUUUCUCUCUGCAUGGCUUUUGCAAACAGGUCCCUAAGACCUCAUCAUGGUUGAGGCAACUUGUCUAAAUACCUCAUCCUUGGUUUUAUUCAUUCUGUUAUUCAAUGAGGAUAUGAACUAACAUUUACAAAAGGUGCUGAUUUUUUGUUUAAUAUUACAUGAAUGUAUUGUGUUUUGAAAUGCCAUUAUUUUUCU